CUUUGUAAAAAAUCUGCGUGUUUCAGAGAGGCGGGGCAAAGAGGAGAUACAAACAUGCACGGAAGUGCAAGUUUGGUCUUCUUCAAGGACGCACCUCAAGUGAAAGCGAAAGGUGGUGUGAGCUCAAAGUGGCGUUUCCCUUCACACGGAUACAAAUGUCGCAUCUUUCUGCGAAAUUUCCAUCUGAACGUUCCGGGAGAAGUUGACAUGCAUGUGCUGAUUAUAUUUAUUUUCGCGACGGCCGAAUAUCAUCAUAAUAUUGCAGGAGCGAACGGUGUGUGUGAUUCCUCGCCUCAGAUAGACAAUGCAAUGCCUGUUACAUCGACCUAUCCUGUUAAUGAUAGGAUUCGCAUUAACUGUACGGAUGGCUAUGUGAGGAAGUCAGGAACAUCCAAUCUCUUCCGCUGCAUUGAAGAAAACGGCAAACCAACCUGGACCCAAACCAGACUUCCACUUCAGUGCAUACGUGAUCCCAAGAAGCCAAUAAUAUCAACAGAUCCCCCCAAAACUGAGCAGAAUUUCACAACAUCCACCAAAGAAAGAGCACAGACUUCUAGAAUUCCCGGAACAAGCAUGCCAACAGCAGCAACAGCUUUUGGAGCAACGAAUGAAAUUACUACAUCUGAAACAAGAACAACUACCACCCUAACAACUCUGAAGACGACAACAAAAGAAACAGAGUCGAUUACAACAACCAAUGAGGUUCCCUCUUCAAUAUCCAGCAUGUGCACAAGCAGACAAAAUCUGACAGCAAAGUCAUCACCAACACAAUCAGAAUCGUUGACUACAACAACAGGAGUCAAUACAUCAUCAAAGACAACAACCUCAGAAACCUUAAGAGACAGCCAUAAUGAAGGAACCUUCUCUCAUAUGAACAAAUCAACUAUAGGUGGAACUGUAGGAGUAGGAGUUAUCUUGUGCCUGACAGCUGCGGUAUUCCUUCUUUGGUGGAGAUCAAGACAUCGAGCCAGUAACGCCACAAAUGAGAUUCAGAUACACCACAGCAACAACGCCACCUGUACUUAUUACAUACCUGUACCGGUCUCUGACUCUGAACAUUAUUCAGCUGAACCAAACAUAGCAGAUGCAGCUGACGCUUCCACAGCAGUCUCCAAAUGAACCUCAAACAAGCUCCACCCACAGUGUGGGACACAUCUGCUAUACUCCUCCCACAAACGCACUUUUAUUAAACAGGGCUUGUCAAUGUUCUCAACUGAUGGUCAACCCUAUUCUCAACCUUUGUCGUCCAUUCUGUGACCUGGAAAUCAACUGAUGUCCAAUUCUUCCUGCCUCUACCUCCUGCACAUACCUGAUCAGCCUCCAUCUAAUAUAUCUCACCUCAUUCCCUCUUUUUAGCUUUAUGAUCAAAUAAAGUUUUAUAUUG